UACGCUAGUUUUACUACUGCGUUCAGAAUCAAGAAAUAUUAUUAUGUUAGAGUUGCUGCCGAAGAAUAAAACAAUGAAAUUAAACCAGAUUUAGACAUGUUUAUAUUGAUAACCUUUUUUGUAUCUCAUACUAUUUUUGUUAAUGCAAAAUAUUACGAAGUUAAGUACCUUCCACCACAAAAUAACAUCUUAAGGAAGGUGUUUUCGGAAACAGUCGAUUUGAAGACUUUAACGCACCUAGGAAAAGCCUUCCCAAACCAUGCGAUUGAAAUACAUUAUGAGAGAACGCAAGAUGAACCACCACAAAUUCCAAAUCAGUACAUGAACUGGUUAAGAGCGAACCCUAACUUUCAGACAAAAGGACGUCGUCCAAUAGAACGCUCAGGGGAAAAUCUUGAGACGCCCACAACAACAGUUCCCAUCUCCACAACAAUAACAACUACAACAACCUCUACGAGUAUGUUUACCACCAGCAUGAGCGAUCUACUAACUUCUCGACCAACAGAUAAUACAAUAAAUGAAGAUAAUCGAAAACGACCUUUGUACAUGGAAGAUCUUAUACAAGCUCUAGAAGAUUUUGAUAAGAAAACAAAACAAGAUAAUUUUACUGCGAGUAACAGAAUCGACUCAACCAAUGAGGAUGAUCCUAAUCGUCCACUGGUAAAAAAGGAUUUAUGGGAUCUCGAAGAUAUUAUAUAUUGUAAAGACAGACAUGGCACUGAUGAAGGAAUAAAGGAUUUCAAUGACGUCAUUAAAUUAAUUAACAAAGGCGUCAAAGUACAACUGGAAGUAACAACACCAGCGGGUGAAGACAAGGACUUAAAUUGGGUUCCCAUUAAAAUACCUAAGGAAUGAUUAAUAAACUGGAAAUAUACUAACAUAAAAUAUGAGCAAAU